GACUUGUAAGUUCUUAAAAGAGAUAUAUUCAAAGGAAUAUUCCUAUAAUAAAAAUAAUAUCCUUAUAAAAGUACUACAUUUCUUACAGAUACUCCAACAGAUAUAAAUGGUGCGGAUUCAAAAGCACUUUCCAUUAAUGGAAGUGAAAUCUGUGGAUGCAACUGUGACUUGUGCCCAGGUUAUGUACAAGCUACCAUGACUACAAUACCUAUAAUCUGUAAUACAAUACCAACUGCUUCAACCACAACUAGACCAACAACGACUACAACCCCUACCCCAACAACAACCAAGACAGCUACCACAACAACAACCGAGACAACUACUACCACCACCACUCCAGCAACAAUCAAGACAACCACCCCAACAACAACCAAAACAACUACCACAACUACAACCCCAACAAAAACCAUAACUACCACGCCAACAACUGCCACGAUGACUAACAAUAACACCACUACAUUAACAUUCACCACUCCAACAACAACCAAAAAAACUACCACCCCAACAAAAACCAUGACUACCACCCCAACAACCACAACAAUUAAGAAUACUACCACAACCACUACAGCAACAAUAACCACGACUACCACAACCACCACCACCACCUUGACAAUAACCACGAAAACCACCACCCAAACAACAACCACGACUACCAUGACCACCAUCCCAACAACAACCAGGACUACCGCAACCACCACUCUAACAACAACCACGAUCCCAAAAACCAUAACAACUUCCACAACAACCACCCCAACAACAACCACAACUACCACCACAGCAACAACAACCAUGACUACCGAAACCACAACCCCAACAAUAAACAUCACAACCACCAACCCAACAACAACCAUGACAACUACAAGAACCACGACCCCACAAACAACCUUAACUACCACCACACAAACAACAAUCCCGACUACCACAACCACCACCUCAACAACAACCACGACUACCACAACCACCACCUCAACAACAACCACAACCACCAUCCCAACAACAACCACGACUACCACAACCACCACUACUGCAUCAACAACAACUACAAGUACACCUGUUCCCACUAUUACACCUUGUUGUAAAUGUUGUUUGGAGAUUUCCUCACAAUUGCUUACAACAACAGCAUGUCCAACCGCUGAGCCAUUGACAGUUAAACAACUGAGUUUUAGAUCUGCAACAGAAAUUUUUACAAUUGAAUUGCUGGAUUCAUCAUCAGCGGCCUUCCAAAAUCGAGCUGCGCUGCUAAAGUCUACACUUGAGCCAUUUUUUCAGCAAGCAUCCCCAUCAUUCCGGUUUUUGACAGUCACUUCAUUCAGAAAUGGAUCCAUUAUCCAAGAUAUGAGCCUCACUUACAAUUCAAAUUCUGUUCCUUCCAACAAUGCAAUUGCAGAUGUUAUUAUUAAGGCAGCACCUUCGAUUACAGCUUUUGACAUAGACAUCAAUUCCAUUACUGUUGACGGCAUAAAUGUGUCGCAUGGAGUGAUCCACAAGAUCAGUCUCAUCACUUCAUCCUGUAUAGUGCUGUUGUCAUGGCUACUGUUCAAUCAUUAGUGGCUUUCUGUUAAUGGUUGUAAAAAUUAUAAGCUGUGAGUGGAGUGAAGGACUUCUAUUAUACACUUAAAACCCUUUAAUUGAAGAUAUGGCAUGACAAAGGGUAUAGCAUACCACAA